ACCCCUUGGCCUACUCCUCCGAGGAGUAUGUGAAGAAGCGGGAGCAGCACUUGCACAAGCAGAGGCAGAAGCGCAUCUCGGCACAACGGCGGCAGAUCAAUGAGGAUAAUGAGCGCUGGGAGACAAAUCGCAUGCUGACCAGUGGUGUGGUUCAUCGGAUUGAAGUGGAUGAAGAUUUUGAGGAGGACAACUCAGCUAAAGUGCAUCUGUUGGUGCACAACCUUGUGCCUCCUUUCCUAGAUGGAAGGAUUGUCUUCACCAAACAGCCGGAGCCAGUCAUCCCUGUCAAGGAUGCCACCUCAGAUUUGGCCAUCAUAGCCCGGAAAGGCAGCCAAUUGGUGCGCAAGCACAGGGAGCAAAAGGAGCGCAAGAGGGCUCAGCAUAAGCACUGGGAGCUGGCAGGCACAAAGCUGGGAGACAUUAUGGGGAUCAAGAAAGAGGAAGAGAAGGACGAGAUGGUGACAGAAGAUGGGAAAGUGGAUUACAGGACUGAGCAGAAGUUUGCUGAACACAUGAAAGAAAAAAGCGAAGCCAGCAGUGAGUUUGCCAAGAAGAAAUCGAUUCUGGAGCAGAGGCAGUAUCUGCCCAUCUUUGCUGUGCAGCAGGAGCUGCUCUCCAUCCUCAGAGACAACAGCAUUGUGAUUGUGGUGGGGGAGACGGGCAGUGGGAAGACGACUCAGCUGACGCAGUACCUGCACGAGGACGGCUACACAGACUACGGCAUGAUCGGCUGCACCCAGCCCCGCAGAGUGGCGGCUAUGUCGGUUGCCAAGCGGGUCAGCGAAGAGAUGGGGGUGCGCCUGGGAGAGGAGGUGGGCUAUGCCAUCCGCUUUGAGGACUGCACGUCUGAGAACACGGUGAUCAAAUACAUGACAGAUGGGAUCCUUCUUCGUGAGUCACUGCGAGAGGCGGACCUGGACAACUACAGUGCUAUCAUCAUGGAUGAGGCUCACGAGCGCUCGCUCAACACUGACGUGCUCUUUGGCCUGCUCCGGGAGGUGCGUGUGAACCUGGACGAGAGGACAGUGGUGGCCCGACGCUCAGACCUGAAACUUGUAGUCACCUCAGCCACCAUGGAUGCGGAUAAGUUCGCCUCCUUCUUUGGGAAUGUUCCCAUUUUCCACAUUCCUGGGCGCACUUUCCCUGUCGAUAUUCUUUUCAGCAAGACCCCACAAGAGGAUUAUGUGGAGGCUGCAGUGAAGCAAGCCCUGCAGGUCCAUUUGUCUGGUGCUCCCGGAGACAUCCUUGUCUUCAUGCCUGGCCAGGAGGACAUAGAGGUGACCUCAGAGCAAAUUGUGGAGCACCUUGAGGAGCUGGAGAAGGCGCCUGCUCUUGCUGUACUGCCCAUCUACUCUCAGCUACCGUCAGACUUGCAGGCCAAGAUCUUCCAGAAGGCUCCGGAUGGUGUCAGGAAGUGCAUUGUCGCCACAAAUAUUGCAGAGACCUCUCUGACAGUGGACGGUAUCAUGUUUGUGAUCGACUCUGGCUACUGCAAGCUGAAGGUCUUCAACCCCCGUAUAGGCAUGGACGCACUGCAGAUCUACCCCAUCAGUCAAGCCAAUGCCAAUCAGAGGGCAGGCCGAGCUGGCCGAACAGGCCCAGGCCACUGCUUCAGGCUCUACACCCAGAGCGCCUACAAGAACGAGCUGCUCACAACCACAGUGCCUGAGAUCCAGCGCACCAACCUGGCCAACGUAGUGCUUCUGCUCAAGUCCUUGGGUGUGCAGGACCUGUUGCAGUUCCACUUCAUGGAUCCGCCCCCCGAGGACAACAUGCUGAACUCCAUGUACCAGCUGUGGAUCCUGGGGGCCCUGGAUAACACAGGUGGUCUGACCUCAACGGGACGUCUCAUGGUGGAGUUCCCUCUGGAUCCUGCACUCUCCAAAAUGCUCAUUGUUUCCUGUGACAUGGGUUGCAGCUCUGAGAUCUUGCUCAUUGUCUCCAUGUUGUCUGUUCCCGCCAUCUUUUAUCGGCCUAAGGGCCGAGAGGAGGAGAGCGACCAAGUGCGGGAGAAAUUCGCUGUUCCAGAGAGUGAUCACUUGACCUACCUGAACGUUUACCUGCAGUGGAAGAACAACAGCUAUUCCACGCUGUGGUGCAACCAGCACUUCAUCCACGCCAAGGCCAUGCGGAAGGUGCGGGAGGUGCGUGCCCAGCUCAAGGACAUCAUGGUGCAGCAGCGGAUGAGCCUGGCAUCCUGUGGUACUGACUGGGACGUCGUCAGGAAGUGCAUCUGUGCUGCAUAUUUCCAUCAGGCUGCAAAGCUGAAGGGCAUUGGGGAGUACGUGAACAUCCGCACAGGCAUGCCCUGCCACCUGCACCCCACGAGCUCUCUGUUUGGCAUGGGUUACACACCAGACUACAUUGUGUAUCACGAGCUGGUCAUGACCACCAAGGAGUACAUGCAGUGUGUCACUGCUGUGGAUGGAGAGUGGCUGGCAGAGCUGGGCCCCAUGUUCUACAGUAUCAAACACGCCGGCAAGUCACGCCAGGAGAACCGCCGCCGCGCCAAGGAGGAAGUGUCUGCCAUGGAGGAAGAGAUGGCACUGGCUGAGGAGCAGCUGCGUGCCCGGCGGGAGGAGCAGGAGCGCC